GUUGGCUUCCUCUUCUGCUACGUGAAGUUCCACAGUUUUCAACCCCCAAGCAAGAAACUUCCAGCAAUGAAGAUCUUCGUGUGUGUCCUGGCUGCUUUGGUUGCCACCUCGUCGGCUGGCUUCAUCGGUGGCUCCGGCGGCGGUGGUGGCGGUGGCUACAGCUAUGGCAUCGGAGGCGGCGGUGGUGGCCACCAGGAGGUGAAGACCAUCCAGGUCAUCCACCAGGAGGGCGGCGGCUACUCCGGCGGCCAUGGAGGCUACUCCGGCGGUGGCCACCAGGAGGUCAAGACCGUUAAGGUCAUCCACCAGGAAGGCGGUGGCUACUCCGGCGGCGGUCAUGGAGGCUACUCCGGCGGUCAUGGUGGCUACUCUGGCGGGGGUCACCAGGAGGUCAAGACCGUGAAAGUCAUCCAUGAGGAGGGACAUGCUCUGGGCGGCGGCGGCGGCUAUGCCGGUGGCUUCUCUGGCCACGGACAUGGACAUGGUGGCCACGAGGAGGUCAAGCUGGUCAAGGUCAUCCACGAGGAGGGCGGUCACAGCCACGGACAUGGCGGUGGUUACUCCCACGGCGGUUUCUCCGGCGGUCACCAGGAGGUCAAGACUGUGAAGGUGAUCCACCAGGAGGCCGGCGGUCAUGGUGGCUACUCGGGUGGCUACUCCGGCGGUCACGGCGGCUACUCGGGCGGCGGUCACCAGGAGGUCAAGACCGUGAAGGUCAUCCACGAGGAGGGACACGGCCUGGGCGGCGGCUUCGCCGGCCAUGGACACGGACACGGUGGCCACCAGGAGGUCAAGGUGGUGAAGGUCAUCCACGAGGAGGGCGGUCACGGCCAUGGUCACGAUCAUGGCCACUCGCACGGCGGCUUCGAGGAGGUGAAGACCAUCAAGGUCAUCCACGAGGAGGGCGGCCACGCCCACGGCCCCGCCCCCAUCAUCAGCAACGAGUACCUGCCGCCCAGCAACGAGUACCUGCCCCCCGUUUCGGCUCCCGCCCCCGGAUACCUGCCCCCAUCCUCCAGCUGGAAGUGAUUGCCCACCAUCCCAUGCCAUUCGACUGCAUUCGACUCGAUUCGAGCCAUACUGAUCCUUGAGUCUCGUUAAGUAGUUCUAAGCCCUCUUUUUUUUCCGCCCAUAUUUUUUUACUGUUGUACCCAUCUUACCUCACUUGUUGAACAAAUAUACCAUCUGUAAAUUAUACAAA